AUGAAGGCGUUUGCUAUCAAUUGGGCGUUUCUUUUCUUGUUUUUAGGCCAAGUCUUUGGUCAAGCCCAAGAACAAAAACCAUAUUCUGGUGAGGCCUCUGAAAAGCUGGCCCAGGAGAAGCCAGAAUGGGAGAACUUAGAGUAUCAAAGGUAUCUAGAUUUGAGUGGUACUGGUUUGGCAGAGGAGAUACGUAUAGUUGCUAAGAAUGUCGGCGACAAGCCAGCUACUGACUAUCACAUGUUACUUCCUCGCAAUGUUAUUGAUAAUCUAUCUGUUUUCACCGCCACUGCUGAUAAUUCUUCCUUUGUCAGCUUUAGAGCUCUAUCAGCUACACUAAAGCAAUUGAACAAUACAGCCAUUGGCUAUGGUUUCUUGGGAUUGCCAAGAUCUGUUGAACCUGGUGAGACUAUUAAUUUGAGAUUGAUUUACAAGUUCAACGAUUGUGGAACUCCAAAACCAAAAAAAAUUGGUCUUGGUGAAGAUCAGUUUUUGGUAUAUGAGACAGAUAGAUUGCCUCUAUCACAAUAUCCAACCAAAAUGUCUAUUCUAAAGAUCACAGGUUCUACUGAUAUGUCUGAAUUGGAUAUUGGAUCCGUCCCUGAGGAAUAUCAGGGCACAUUUGAUGAUAAUGUCAUGACUUUUGGUCCUUUUGAAGACAUUAAUGCUUUGAACGUUGAAAAUAAGAUUAAACUGCGUUAUCUACAUAACUUGGCAUUGAAUGAGGUUAUUUAUCUAAAGAGAGACAUUUGGGUAUCUCAUUGGGCUUCAACCAUACAGUUCGUAGAAUACAAUGAAUAUCACAACAAGGGUGCUGAACUAAAGAAUGGUUUCUCCAGAUUAGAAGUUAUGAAGAAUGUACAGGCUGCUAAUAGCCCAACAGUAAGAGGAAUCAUUGAGAAUCAUCUACCAGAACAAGCCACCGAACAUUAUUUCGUCGACAAAGUGGGGCAAGUGAGCACUUCACAAGUUCUCAACAAUUUGUUCUACUUGAAACCCAGGUUCCCUAUCUUUGGUGGAUGGUUCUACAACUAUACUAUUGGCUGGACUAAUGAGUUAUCUGAUUUUUUGAGAGUCAGUGAUAUGGAUUCAGAGGAGUUCAUUCUUGCUGUACCAUUACUAAAUGGUCCAAAGGACACAGCUUAUGAUGAAGUUGAAUACUCUGUAUAUCUACCAGAAGGUGCCACUGUAAUCGAUACAAAGAGUCCUUUACCUGUUGUUCAAACAACUACUUCAUUCGAGAGUUCCUACUUUGAUUUGAAGAAUGGUCAUACUAAAGUCACUUUGAAAUUUAGAAACUUGGUUAGUGAGUUGGCAGAUGGUAAGAUCUUGAUUACUUACAAAUUAACAAAUGCUAACUUCUAUGGAAAGUUUUUAAACAUCUCUCUAUAUGGGUUUAUUGCCCUUAUGGCUAUCUUCCUUCUAAACUCCAUCAACCUAAGAGUAUCAAAGAAUUAG